UCUUCUUGGGUGAUUAACGUGUUGGGCGCCACAAUUAUGCACUUAACAAAAGUCGUUUUAUUAUUAAUUGGAUCGGUUCCGAUUGCGCUAUCGCUUCCACCCUUACACUCGACCGUUCAAUAUCAAACUCGUCAAAAUUCCAAUAAAUUGGAAUUGGAGGAGACGAGCAGAGAAGAAGUUACAGAAAAAUCCCUUCACUCACCGACACCCGGCGAGUUAUUGGAACUCACCACCGAAAAAGACUCGGAACAGAUCAACUUCGCUCGGUUCGUACAUGCCAAACAAGCAGAUAAAUUGAGGUUAGAGUGCGGUGGUACCACAACCGAGUACGAAAACAGCGGUACCACAACAGAAGUACCCGCAGAAAACUUUGAAGAUCCUUCUGCACUCAUUGGAAAUAUCGAAAACUUCGACACCUCCAUAGAAGCGGACGACUUAAACGAGCAAGGUAAUGAGUACUCAAACGCGCUCCUGAGUGACUUCGACUCAUCGUUUCCAGGGUUUUACUACGUCAUUCAUCCCAGUGGACUUUUCCAGAAGGUCGUGUUCAAAACGAUCGGUGAGUUAUCGGAGGAUGUUCGGCCAAUAGUUGAGUCGUUUCGCACAUACGAUCCGCAGACUUUUGUCCUUCAGAGGGUCACCCUGAAGUUACCCGCUUAUGUUUGAUCGGUUUAGGGUUAAGUUAUUUAUUGUUUGUAAUGUGUAAGUAAUAAAAAUUGUCUAAGCCUU